AUGGAUCUUAUCAAUGCCUUGGCCCCCUCGUCUUUGUUGAAGUCAGUCUCCAGUGCAGGCUCGGAAAUCUCCCGCCGGGUCUGGACGCCGAGCCCUCCGCCCCAGCGGCCGUUCCGAGUGUGCGAUCACAAGCGCAACAUCCGCAAGGGACUAAUGGCCAGCACUUUGGGGGACUUACUUAACAAGGCCAGGGAGACCCUCUUGAUGUCCGGCAUGGUUUUCUUGGUGCUGGAAGAAGACGGGACCCUGGUUGAGACGGAGGAAUUUUUCCAAAUCCUGGAAGACAACACAGCCUUGAUGGUGUUAGAGAAAGGACAGAAGUGGACUCACGGCAAGAGCACCAGUCGGACGUUUGCCCUGAGCGGAGACAAGCCUCGAAACAGCCAGGAUAUCGCCCGCAUCACGUUCGACAUCUACAAGCUCAACCCUCGGGACCUUUUCGGCAGCCUCAACAUCUCGGCCACUUUCUACGGGCUCUACUCGAUGAGCUGCGACUUUAAAUGCCUGGGACCGAAGAAAGUUCUGCGGGAGGUCCUGCGUGUGGCUUCCGCCGUCAUGCAAGGCGUCGGGCACCUUCUUUUGGGGGCUUCCCAUUACAUCCGCCGGCUCCUGGAGGUGGGGGACAGCUGGCACCCCCAAGUCAAGAUAACCAACUACCAAUACUGA